UAAUAGUGCUAAUACCAAUGAUAUUAAUAAUAAUUUAAAUAAUAAUUUAAAUGAUAACAAUUUAAAUAAGAAUGAAACAAAUGAAAAUGUAUUAAAAUAUAUUAAUGAAUGGUCAUAUUUUGUUGAAUCAUUAAUUCAUGGUACACCAUCUGGUAUUGAUAAUUCAGUUUCUACAUUUGGAGGUGUAAUUAGUUUUUCACAAGGUAAAAUUCAAGAAUUUUUAUCACCACAAAUAUUACCAAAUAUGCGUAUUUUAAUUGUUAAUACACGUGUUGAAAGAAAUACAAAAUUAAUUGUUCAAGGUGUUAGAGAACGUAGAGAAAAUAAUUUUGAAUUUUAUGAAAAAUGUUUAAAUGAUAUUCAAAAUAUUUCAGAUGAAUAUUUAAAUCAAUUAAAAAUUAAUUCAUCACAUUUAUUUUCAAAUGAAUUAAGAUUAAAAAUGGAAGAAUUAAUUGAUAAAAAUCAUUCAUUAUUAAAUGAUAUUGGAACUGGUCAUCCUAAAUUAGAUUUAAUUUGUAAAAUUGCAUCUAAAUAUAAUUUACAUGCUAAAUUAACAGGUGCAGGUGGUGGUGGAUGUGGUUUUAUUUUAUUAAAUGAUAUUAAUAAUAUUAUUGAUAAUAAUAAUCAAAAAGAAGAAGAAGAAGAAUUGAAACAAGAUUUAACUAGAGAAGGUUUUCAAUAUUUCAUGUCAAAUCAAGUUGCUGGAAUUGGUGUUCAAUGUGAAAAAUAUUUUAAACAUUAA